AUGGGUAUCAAGAACGAGCACAUGCUCGGGUUCCCUUGCGACAUCCGGUUCUGGAUCAACAUGCAAAGCGAGAACUACAUCGGGAACCCGCUCUACCAAGCAUCCUUCGCAAACUCAAUCGACUUUGCCAAGCAGCCUAGCAAUGCACAGACCUUGGCGGAAGUGGUAGUGCAGGUGCGCAAGGCAAUCUCCCAGGUGACGCCAGCGCGGAUCGGCGGAUUCUACAGCAUGAUUGAGUCCAAGGACGCAAAGCUGGGGGGCUUUCUUGCCGGCAUGAUGGCGUACAAGAUGGUCAAUGGCGUGUCGAACCAGACGAGGUUCAAUAUUUACAAGGCAGAUUUCGGCAGCGGCGUGCAGAGCUUUCGCUACAGCUAA